AUGGCAACGAUGGGAAGAAAUGAGAGGAGACGACGAAUCAUGGAGAGAGGAUCAGAUCGAUUGGCUCUCAUCACCGGUGAGCUCAAGAAUCUCGAACGAACAUCCUCAAUGCCGUCGGCUGUCCCUUCGUUAUCCUUCAAUGAACGUUCAGGGGGGCUAGAGAUUGGAUCUGAUGACUCUGGUUCCAAAACACCAACAAAGGAAGCAAUCGUCACCAAGCAGAUUCCAAAGGCGGAGAAACCAGAUUCAUCACAUAUCUCCAGAUCCGUGACGUCUCCAGAUGUUGGUAACUUAACACCGAAGCCACAGACUGCAAUAACAGCAAUAGGGCCAUCAAAUAAAAAACCACCAUCAUCGUCGUCAAAGCCAAAGCAGACAAUUUUUUUCUCUUCCAGGCGCCUGAACGCCUGCAUCAUAGCUUCUGAGGUCACCCGGGCGAAAUGUUCCUUUGUUAUAUCCGUUCUCGUGCUGUUUUUCCACUUUGCACGCUCAUGGAUCAAAAUCGACGAGCUCACCGAGAGAUAUAGGCCUAUAUACUUGAUCGCCUUGACCAGUGUAACGAUUGUGUUGCUUCGGAUGAUCCAGGGGAAGGGAAUGGUCGUAGAAGAUGCACAAGAAGAGAAAGCUGGAGAUAACUCAGAGGAUAAGAGCUGGAGAGACGCGUUCAUGGUGCUGGAACGAGGUCUUACGGCCUACCAAGCAAUUAGAGGCUUGUUCAUCGACUGCAGUAUUUACUUGAUUGUUGUCAUCUGUGGCCUCUCUUUGGCGUAACAGCGUUUGCUGGCCACAAGAAGAAGAAAGCUUUUCCUUUUCUCAGUAUUUUUUUGUGGAACCCUAAAAGGUUACUAAUAUCCAUUGUAAUGAGAUGCUAAAUAAUCCUUUUAAGGACAUCACAUGAACAAGAACAAUACAGGAAAAGAGCAGAAUUAGGUUCAAAGAAACAAACAUGAUUCAUGGAACCUCGUCUACAAUGGACGAGCGGCGAAUCCUCGAUGAACCAUCUUCUCAACCAGCUCUUCAUGCUUCUUCAACUGCCCAGCUUUCCUCAGCUGCUGGAGAACCAUUUCAUAGACGUUCUGACUCGGUUUCAACCCUUUCUCCUCAAUCAUUUCCUUGAAGAACUUGUAAGCAUUGUUCCAAUGCCCCAUCCCACAAUACAUCCCGAUCAAAAUCCGGUACGUAUUAACAUUCGACUCGACUUCACCCUCAUCCAUCUCCUUCUUCAUCUUCAGAACCAUAUCCGUCGACUUCGACUCCACGAACAUCCUCAUUAAGGUAUUGUAGGUCACGGUGUUCGGCCUACAUUUCACCUCCUUCAUCUUAGCAUACAACCUGUGAGCACCAUUCACAUCCCGUAGCUUCGCAAUGCAACCGAAUAAGGUAUUGAAAGUAGAAGCAUUUGUGGUACAACCGCUACGUAUCAUGGAAUUCAGAACCUUCAUCGCUGCAUCGAGAUUAUCUUCCUUGCAAUGAGUCUCGAUCAGGAAGUUAUACGUAACUGUAUCGGGCUCGCAAUUCAGCUUCCUCAUUUGAUUGUACACCUGCAGAACUUUCUCUGUUCUACCAGCUUUCACAUGUGCUCUCAUUAGAUUGUUGAACGUUACCGAAUUCGGCUGGCACCCCGAAUCGACCAUCUCUGCGAACACAUCAAAAGCUCGUGUGCUCUGCCCGCAUCUACAGAGCGAAUCGAUCACGAUGCUGUAAGUGUAGACAUUGGGUUGAAUGCCAGCGGUCUUCAUCUCACUGAACACCCUCUCAGCCUCCGGUAGGUUUCCGGCGCGACACCACCCGUGGAUUAAGUUGGUGUAGAUGAUGACGUCCGGCUCGAAUUUGGACUUCAAACCGUCGAAGAAGGCUUCGGCUUCGGCCGCUCUUCUCUUCUUGCAGAGAUUACUGAUUACAAUCGAGAAGGCGAU